CCAUAUACCUUGUUACAGAGCUGGAACGCGUAGGAAAGGAAAGCUGCAACUAUCCUAUUUCGCAUCGGACUUGUAGCUUGUGUUAACUCGGCGUUGUAGAGUUAUUUUUUUCAUAGUUCCAUCCAACACAUAUUGCAUCCUUGUCAAUUGAAUUGUUAUCUAGUUCCAAUAUAUUCCAGCAAGUAAUUUGCUCCGAUGGCUGCCGCUUCGGCUCCCUUGCUGGAGGAAACCGUUCCUUUCGAUGAUGAUCAUGUAAAUCCCGAAGAUAGGGUGACACAUCGGGUUGUACAUGCAUACGUGACAUUUUUCCACAUUGCAUUCCGCUCGGCUGCAAUAGCAACAUACUUGUUUUGUGGUUGGUUUAGUGAUAGUUUUAUAACGAGUUUUGUAUUCGUGAUUUUGCUAUUAUCGGCUGAUUUUUGGACAGUGAAGAAUAUUACCGGCCGUCUACUUGUCGGACUGCGUUGGUGGAAUUACGUCGAUGACAAUGGAGUUUCACACUGGAUAUUUGAAUCAAAAAAUGAAGCCCAUGCAACGAAAAUUAAUUACCUCGAGAAACGUGUGUUCUGGAUUGCACUGAUGACGAGUCCUAUCUUAUGGGCAUUUUUCUUCAUAACUGCUUUGUUUGGUAUGAAAUUUAAGUGGCUGUUGCUAGUGGUUAUUGCACUUGUUUUGAAUGGAGCAAAUCUAUAUGGAUAUGUAAAAUGCAAUUUUGGAACAACAGCAAAUAUUAGCACUCGUACAACUGACUUUGUGAAAAGUCAAGUUCUAAAAAACGCGGUAAAUUUCAUGAAUUCUACAAACGGGACCGACAUUACUUCCGGUAAUAACCAUAAUGUAUCUACAAAUAACAAGUUUAAUAACAAGUUGGUAAACACAAUGUAAACAUAGUGUAGAAAAAUGCUUCUCUUCUUUUUUUAAUUAUGACGGCCGUAUUGUCAGCACCGCAAGUGCUGACGAGAUUCAAAUGUCCAAAAAUACACAAAAUUCACAAAAAAAUAAACAAGGCAUUUCCUCCCUGAUACUUCGUCUUAUCCCGGGCGUGCUCGGUUACUACUCUUGUUUUGUUUGGCAGAAAAUUAUUUGUUUCAUAAAUAAUUAAUCAAUCUCCAUAAUAUAAAUAAUAAUCUCCAUAAAAAAUAGACAACGUGUCUGAAUAAAUACGUGUAAACGCAUGCAUAAUUACAUUCUACCCUUCCAAUAUCAAUCAAAAUUUGCAAAAUGGUGCAAAUGUUAAAGCUCCUCUAGACUGUUGGCGAUUUUCCCAACGCGACAGUAGCUUAGUUGGUGUAGAAUAUUUUUGAAGCUUUUAAAAUAUGACCAAUAAGUUUGUUUACUUUCUGGUUAUCGGGCGACCAGGAACAAAAACGGUCAUGACGAACUCAAUCCAGCAAAAAUAAUGAUCCGCAAAAUAAGAUUAACCAAUGUUUCAAUAAAAAUUAAUGUAAAUAACCCGGAUUAACAAGGAAAACAAUUCUACCAGCUUCAACGUUCCAUCGGCAAAAAUGUGACCAUGUUUGAUUGAGCUGUGUUGUGCGAAGGAGCAUUUGUUUUGCACGUGUAACCGAGAGAACAUUUAUUAAUAAUUAAAUGAUUUAUUAAUUACCUCAAAAUGGAUAAAACGUCGUGAAUAAAACAAAUUAUAAUAUAUUUUGCUUGUA